AUGGUACCCUACGGUUUGGAGCAAGUCAUGGAAAGCUCCAUGACGGAGCAACAACGGCACAACCGGCGACGAAGAGCAAAGGGACUCCAGCUAGAGUAUUUGAGACAGGAGUUUCAGAGGAACCCACGUCCAGAUAAGGAGACUCAGUAUGAAAUUGGCCGCCACAUUGACAUGACCCGGCGAAGUGUACAGAUUUGGUUUCAGAAUAAUCGAGCCAAGCUAAGAAAUGAGUGGAGAGUAAAAACCCACCGGAUGGGUCAAAGUCACUACACAGUGGCACCGGCAUACAAAGUAUCGCAGCCUCCAUAUUCUCCAUACAACAACUUGGAUGGACAAAAACAUUCCCGUGAUAUAUGCGGGCCUACCCUGAACUCAGAAGUUACGGACAAAUACUCACAAGUGACCUGCGAAGUUGGUUGUGACAAGUAUGUUUUCGCCUGUGAUAGCUUGACUAUGGGAUCUUGGCGGAGAACCAAGCAUAGUAACAAGACCAACUCGGACCUAAUCGUGGAAUGUGAUGGUAUUGCAAGAGCAUUGGUAUACUAUGUUAUUUUCAACGGGACGUGCUUCAGAGCUGUAGUAUCGUUUGAUAGCAUGGUGAACGCGUCCAUCUGCCCUGAUAUGCGAGACUCUUCCUCAAGUUAUCUUAUUGUCCAAGUAAAUCGACCACCUGAUUUCUCUCAUCGAAAGGUGCAUGAUGGGAUGGACUGGAAAGUUUGUGAGGAUUUCACGUCUGGAGAAGCUGUUUCCUGUCGGCAACACUGGCUGCGUGGUCCGACACACAAGCUUACCGAGAACUUGCAAACAUUAAGAUUCAUGAGGUGUCAAGAACACGAAAUUUUCCCACCAUACCAAUUAGAUUGUCACUCGGAGUAUGAUUUAGCUAUUGGCUGUGAAGAUUAUGAGUUUGACGAAUCCCCUCCUCGUUCAGCGCUUGCACGUUCACAGAGUGUUCAGAGUAAAAUCGAUGAUGAAAUUGACACUAUCAAGAGUGAACUACGAAUGUCACGUCAGAUGAGCAUGCCAAACUUAGCGCAUCUUAGUUCUCCAGGUCCAGAUGAAGUGGAACUUUGUGAUGCCAGCCUGGAGGACCUGGAAAUGCUCAAGCCAUUUUCUUCAGCCCCUCCACUUGAACUAACGUUACCCAAGUCGAGAGAACUUUCAGCAAUCUCUUCGCCAUCUCCAAUAAAGGAAGAAAUGGACCUCCUCCCCCCACUGUCUUUGCAAAGCAGCCGUGCGGAAAGCCCAAUAUGCUCCAAGCAGGGUGAGUUUCCUAUCCCGAGAAUAUUUUCAAAAUCCGACACAUUCUUUCAGAAUCGUCCUUCAACACCUCUCGAAGCAAACCCAUCGAGCUAUCGACCGAUGUCCCCGCUGAUUCCUGACAAUCUCGCAAUGCUAGCUCAGGAAUGUGACUCUAUGGCACCAGGCGUCGGAUCGUUUUGGGAUGACACCUAUAACUGUUGA